CCCCCCCCCCCCCCCCCCCCCCCCCCCCCCCCCCCCCCCCCCCCCCCCCCCCCCCCCCCCCCCCCCCCCCCCCCCCCCCCCCCCCCCCCCCCCCCCCCCCCCCCCCCCCCCCCCCCCCCCCCCCCCCCCCCCCCCCCCCCCCCCCCCCCCCCCCCCCCCCCCCCCCCCCCCCCCCCCCCCCCCCCCCCCCCCCCCCCCCCCCCCCCCCCCCCCCCCCCCCCCCCCCCCCCCCCCCCCCCCCCCCCCCCCCCCCCCCCCCCCCCCCCCCCCCCCCCCCCCCCCCCCCCCCCCCCCCCCCCCCCCCCCCCCCCCCCCCCCCCCCCCCCCCCCCCCCCCCCCCCCCCCCCCCCCCCCCCCCCCCCCCCCCCCCCCCCCCCCCCCCCCCCCCCCCCCCCCCCCCCCCCCCCCCCCCCCCCCCCCCCCCCCCCCCCCCCCCCCCCCCCCCCCCCCCCCCCCCCCCCCCCCCCCCCCCCCCCCCCCCCCCCCCCCCCCCCCCCCCCCCCCCCCCCCCCCCCCCCCCCCCCCCCCCCCCCCCCCCCCCCCCCCCCCCCCCCCCCCCCCCCCCCCCCCCCCCCCCCCCCCCCCCCCCCCCCCCCCCCCCCCCCCCCCCCCCCCCCCCCCCCCCCCCCCCCCCCCCCCCCCCCCCCCCCCCCCCCCCCCCCCCCCCCCCCCCCCCCCCCCCCCCCCCCCCCCCCCCCCCCCCCCCCCCCCCCCCCCCCCCCCCCCCCCCCCCCCCCCCCCCCCCCCCCCCCCCCCCCCCCCCCCCCCCCCCCCCCCCCCCCCCCCCCCCCCCCCCCCCCCCCCCCCCCCCAUCAAAUAUCCCUCUGGGUCAAUUGGCAGUUCAACCACCUCCUGCCACCCCUUGGAGCAUACAAACUGGGGUCAUCCAUGCUGAACUGGAUCUUCUCUCUUUUGCCCCUCGGCCACCGAGAAGAGGUCUGA